GACUGCAUGUGAAGGCAGCACGCGUGCGUCGCGCGCAGACUCAGUUCACGGUCGCGUGCAUCAGUUUUCCCGCGAUAAACGUAACAAACUGAGGAGAAGCAGAGACAGUUUUAACUGUGUGGAGGCUUUACUUUAUGAAUAAAAAUGGCUGCUCAGACCUACAUCUCCAUCUCUGAGCUCCACCCCAACUUCUCCCACCCGAGAGUGGCAGGCAUCAUUAUUGGGAAAACUGAUGUCAGAAGCUUUCCUGACAGAAAAAAUGUUGGUGUAGACAGAUUCACUUUUAGCUUCACCAUUAAGGACUCACCUGACUUCUUUAUUAACGUGUCGGCUUGGGGAAACGACGGAUACAUCAACGGGCUCUCCAACGGCUUCAGCACUGGAGACUGUGUUAUCAUUGAAAACCCUUUAGUCACCAACAAAGACCCAGACAAAGGGGACAGAUACUGUCCCACAACACCGAGCCUCUACAGGCUGCUGGUGUCCGAGGCUCAUUCCCAGGUGUGUCUGUGUGCCGACUUGGGAACCAUCGACAGGCUGCUGCCACUGAUCCACCUGCCAGUGAAGGACUCCCGUGAUUUCUACUCUCUGGCAGACAUUGUGGCCAACGGGCAGAAGCUGGAUGGCACAGUGAUAAACAUACUGGCUGCAGUGAAGUCGAUUGGAGAGCCGAAGCAGUUCACCACGUCUGACAGGCGCGAAGGGCAGCGGCUGGAAGUGAAGCUCUUUGACGACUCCGUCUCUUCCUUCCCGCUUGUCUGCUGGGAUAGAGAAGCCAUUCAGCUUGUGCAAACGCUGAUACCCAAGGAGACUGUGCUCUUCAUAUCAGAUGCAAAGAUCAGCUUUGACAGCUUUCGCAGCGGCAUGACGGCAACCGUUAACUCGAAAACCAUUAUCACCGUCAAUCCUGACACCAGGGAGGCCAGUCUGCUGUUCAGCUAUGCUAAAGAAGUGUCUGAGUCUGGCGCUCUGGAUCAAGAUGAGAAGCCAGAAGACGUGCCUGUAGACUCCAUCACCGACGUGUACACCGUGAGCCAGCUGAAGCACAAGGCCCAGGAGAACCCCGAAGCUUUCUUUGGCAUCACGUACAGCUUCGUCUCCAGGCUGGAUCUCGACUCCUCUGUUUCCAAAGUGAUCAAAGCGCGUUGCUCCAGGUGUAAGUUCCUGGUGACUGAGGACGCUCAGAGCUGCAGCAACGCGUCGUGUCCGGGGAGGGAUCAGCCUCUUUCGGCCACCGCAGGCUUUGACCUGCUGGUGGACUUCACGGACCACACGGGAACCCUGCAGGCCUGCAGCCUCAGGAGCCCAGUAGCUGAAAAGACUCUGGGCUGUACGACGGAAGAGUUCACCCGUCUGACCGAUGACGAGCGGACUGUGAUGAAGUGGAGAUUUCUUUUGGAGAGAUGCAAAAUAUACGUGAAGAUAGUCCCCUCCGCCAAGCACAGGUCCGGGACCAGGGGGGUGCUUCUGGACUGCUGCCUGGCCGACCCAGGAGAGGUGAAGCAGCACAUGUCGGCCCUGCUGCAGCGGCCGUGAUCACGGCACACAGAGACAAGGCCGGAGAGCCGCUUCCCCUGCUGACACGCUCGCUGUAUUAUUUAUUUAUUUAUUUAUUUAUUUGAACCUGUUCACAUAUUUAUAUUUAGGAAAGUACCGUUGGCUUGACUACUUUUUAUAUUUGUUCAAUAAACUUAACUUAUACGUUUAAUAUGUCACGUGUCAAAUGUAUCAAAACACCAUUCUUCAUUUUCACAAUUCAUAUUCUGAUUGAACAUUGUAAUUAAAGUUACUGUUGUCAUAUUUACCGGUGUGCAUUUUGAUUAAAUCAUUAUGUCACUGGA